GAGGAGAGAAAACCAGGCGUAAGAAGAAGAACGCGGACAAAGCGGACGUACUGGUAGCAGUACCACUGAACUCUGUGCAGUACGGGUAUACCAAGUACCAAGGACUGGGGCUGCGUACCAUAUCAGAUAACCGUAGACUGCAGUUUUACACGUUUUCGCGGACACCUCAUUCUUACAGGAACAUAAGACCAUCAGUGGACUGAGCAGCCAUGUCAGCCAAAGCCAUCUCGGAGCAGACGGGGAAGGAGUUCCUCUACAAGUACAUCUGCACCUCAGCCGCCGUGCAGAACCGCUUCCGGUACGCCAGCGUGACGAAGGAGACCGACUGGGAGCGGCUCACUCAGGACCACCCCUGGCUGCUCACAGAGCGGUUGGUGGUGAAGCCAGACCAGCUGAUAAAGCGGAGAGGGAAGCUGGGCCUGGUGGGCGUCGACCUGGACCUGGCGGGCGUACGGGAAUGGCUGAAGCCCCGCCUCCUGCAGGAGACCACGGUCGGAAAAGCUAAGGGCGUCCUGAAGAAUUUCCUCAUCGAGCCGUUUGUAGCUCAUAAGCAGGAGGAGGAGUUCUACGUGUGCAUCUACGCCACGCGCGAGGGUGACUACGUGCUCUUCCACCACGAGGGCGGGGUGGACGUGGGGGACGUGGACGCCAAGGCUCUGAAGCUCCUGGUGGCUGUGGACGAGAAGCUGAGCGAGGACAUGGUGUUGAGCCAGCUGCUCACCCAGGUGCCCGCUGACAAGAAAGAGGUCCUGGCCAGCUUCAUCGUGGGACUCUUCAAUCUGUACGAGGACUUGUACUUCACCUACCUGGAGAUAAACCCAUUGGUGGUCACCGAAAAGGGCGUCUUUGUGCUGGACAUGGCCGCCAAAAUCGACGCCACAGCCGACUACAUAUGCAAGGCGAAGUGGGGCGACGUGGAGUUCCCGCCGCCCUUUGGAAGAGAGGCCUACCCUGAGGAAGCCUACAUCGCAGACCUGGAUGCCAAGAGUGGUGCCAGCCUUAAACUCACCCUGCUCAACCCAAACGGGAGGAUCUGGACCAUGGUGGCUGGGGGAGGAGCCUCCGUGGUGUACAGUGACACCAUCUGCGACUUGGGCGGUGUGGAUGAGCUGGCCAACUACGGGGAGUACUCGGGUGCGCCCAGCGAGCAGCAGACGUACGACUACGCCAAGACCAUCCUGUCGCUGAUGACCCGGGAGAAGCACAAAGACGGCAAAGUCUUGAUCAUUGGAGGAAGCAUUGCCAACUUCACCAAUGUUGCAGCCACUUUCAAGGGAAUCGUGCGAGCCAUCAAAGACUACCAGGUCCCUCUGAAGGAGCAUGAGGUCACCAUCUUCGUGCGUCGGGGCGGGCCCAACUACCAGGAGGGGCUGAGGGUGAUGGGAGAAGUGGGGAAGACCACUGGGAUCCCCAUCCACGUCUUCGGCACGGAGACCCACAUGACCGCGAUCGUUGGCAUGGCGCUGGGCCACAGGCCCAUCCCCAACCAGCCUCCCGUGGCCGCGCACACCGCCAACUUCCUCCUCAACUCCAGCGGCAGCAUCUCGACCCCAGCCGCCAGCAGGACCGCCUCCUUCUCUGAGCCCAAAGCGCACAACGACGCCACGCCCGCGAAAAAGUCGAAGCCGGGCAUCCCUCCAGAGCAGCAGGCCCCGCCACACAAUCUCGGAGCUAAGGCCACCACUCUCUUCAGCAAGCACACCAAGUCCAUUGUGUGGGGCAUGCAGACGAGGGCAGUGCAGGGCAUGCUGGACUUUGACUAUGUUUGUUCCCGUGAGGAGCCGUCUGUGGCGGCUCUGGUCUACCCCUUCACGGGGGACCACAAGCAGAAGUUCUACUGGGGCCACAAGGAGAUCUUAAUCCCCGUGUACAAGAACAUGGGCGACGCCAUGAAGAAGCACCCCGAGGUGGACGUGCUCAUCAGCUUCGCCUCUCUGCGCUCGGCCUUCGACAGCACCAUGGAGACCAUGCAGUACCCCCAGAUCCACACCAUCGCCAUCAUUGCUGAGGGCAUCCCUGAGGCCCAGACCAGGAAGCUCAUUAAGAAGGCAGACGAGAAGGGUGUGACCAUCAUUGGUCCAGCAACGGUGGGUGGAAUCAAGCCUGGCUGCUUUAAAAUCGGUAACACUGGGGGCAUGCUGGACAACAUCCUGGCCUCCAAGCUCUACCGCCCAGGCAGUGUGGCCUACGUUUCCCGCUCCGGAGGAAUGUCCAACGAGCUCAACAACAUCAUCUCCCGCACAACUGAUGGUGUCUUUGAGGGCGUGGCCAUCGGGGGUGACAGGUACCCAGGCUCCACAUUCAUGGACCAUGUUCUGCGCUAUCAGGACACCCCUGGAGUGAAGAUGAUCGUGGUGCUGGGGGAGAUUGGCGGCACAGAGGAAUAUAAGAUUUGCCAGGGCAUCAAAGAAGGCCGGCUCACCAAACCUGUGGUGUGCUGGUGCAUCGGGACCUGCGCCACCAUGUUCUCCUCAGAGGUCCAGUUUGGCCAUGCCGGGGCCUGCGCCAACCAGGCCUCCGAGACGGCAGUGGCCAAGAACCAUGCCUUGAGGGAGGCCGGGGUGUUCGUCCCCAAAAGCUUUGACGAGCUGGGGGAUGUGAUCAGGACCGUUUAUGAUGACCUUGUAGCCGACGGUAUCAUCGUUCCUGCACAGGAGGUGCCCCCCCCAACAGUGCCAAUGGACUACUCUUGGGCAAGGGAGUUGGGUCUGAUCCGUAAGCCGGCCUCCUUCAUGACCAGCAUUUGUGACGAGCGGGGUCAGGAGCUGAUCUACGCUGGCAUGCCCAUUACAGAGGUCUUCAAAGAGGAGAUGGGCCUGGGAGGGGUGCUGGGGCUGCUCUGGUUCCAGAGACGGUUGCCGCGGUACGCCUGCCAGUUCAUUGAGAUGUGCCUGAUGGUGACGGCGGAUCACGGGCCGGCCGUGUCCGGAGCCCACAACACCAUUGUCUGCGCCCGCGCCGGCAAGGACCUCAUCUCCAGCCUGACAUCAGGCCUGCUCACCAUCGGUGACCGCUUCGGGGGGGCUCUGGACGCCGCCGCCAGGAUGUUCAGCAAGGCUUUCGACAGCGGCCUCCUGCCCAUGGAGUUCGUCAACAAGAUGAAGAAAGAGGGCAAGCUGAUCAUGGGCAUCGGCCACAGGGUGAAGUCGAUCAACAAUCCAGACAUGAGAGUCCAGAUCCUGAAAGACUUUGUGAAGCAGCAUUUCCCUGCCACACAGCUGCUGGACUACGCCCUGGACGUGGAGAAGAUCACCACCUCCAAGAAACCCAACCUCAUCCUGAAUGUGGACGGCUUCAUCGGGGUGGCCUUCGUGGACCUGCUUAGGACCUGCGGCGGAUUCACACGGGAUGAAGCUGAUGAGUUUGUGGAGAUCGGAGCCCUGAAUGGAAUAUUCGUCCUGGGUCGUAGCAUGGGUUUCAUUGGACACUACUUAGACCAGAAGAGACUGAAGCAGGGCCUGUACAGGCACCCUUGGGAUGACAUCUCCUACGUGCUUCCAGAACACAUGUCUAUGUAACUACGGAAACUGCAGAGCCGGCCUUAUCCUGGAAGGCAAAACCCAGGACCACAGCUUUCAGUUUCUCCCUCCAUUACUGCAACUGGGAAGGAGAAGGGGCGUGGAUGGGGAAGGGGAUUUGGUGGAGGGACAUCGGGGCGGACGAGUAGUUGUUCACCAGUUCUUCAUCAGCCACCAUAGAAGAAGAACCGUGGCCAUUGGUACAAUUUAAAUAAGCAGACAUACCUGUUAUUGACACAUGGGACACACUAGGGGAAAAUCAGCGCAGGCUAAAACAGUGGGGUCACAACGGGAAGGAAUGGGAGGAAAAUUUAGCAGGGUUGGGGUCUUCAGUUUUUAUGAGCACAGUGGCACAUGGUAUGGACAGUCCUCAUUAAUGACCCCACACUUUCAGUCUCUCACUGUAUGCCAUAUUCAUGGAACCCAGGGGUUUUGCCUCAUCCUGAUUUGAUGUGCAAUUGGCUGCCCUUUCAUCACAUAUAGACAAAAACUAUUACUUCUGUGACCACACACUAGCACAAUUACCCUGCUGUGUGUAAGUGAAUGCUAGCAUUUCGCAGUAUAGUCUUCAGUAAUGCUGUGCUAUGUGAGUGACUGUGCAGUCUAAUCAGCCACUUGCAGAUCUAGCAAAUAGUUUGCCAUAGAGAGAUACAGAAAUAGUGUGUAAAACAGAAGGAAGUAGCAUUUGAAUGUAAAUGCAGAUCUGAUUUGUUAGCCACCUGCUCUGUCGGAGAGUGGUGAGAUAUGAUGCUAUAUUCAUUAGGUGUCAUAGACCUCACUUUGACCCUGACAUCCUCCUGGAUUCACUGCUGCACCUGACCUCCAAGGCCUUAUGGGUGUGCACAUGAUUACGGUAGUGAUAUGCCUUCCAUUAUGGAAUAUAUGAGCAGACCUCUGUGGCUGUUAAUAGAAACAUACCAUACCCUCCCCUCCACCCAUUAUUUUGGUUUGAAUAACAUUGGUGGAGUUGUCCAUAAAAUAUAAACUUCAUAAAUUUACCACUGUUUUAAAAUAACAAGUACUCACAGUGUUUUAAAUAUGUCUUGGUGUGUUAUGGACACCAGUUUAGGAGUUGCCCGACUAGUUGAUAGCCAUUGCGUGAUUUUGCAGACUCCGGACCUGAUGUGGAUUAUGUUGGGAAACGAUUAAGUGUUUUGCUAUGUGUCUAUGGGGGAGGUACAACAGUAAAGCUCUUUAAGUGCUGUUAAACUAGCUGUUGACUUCUAUUGGUGCCUCUGAAAUAUGUGACCACUUUUUUUCCUGUUGACCUCACCCCUGGUCUUCUCAUUCAAUAAAAAAAUGUAGUGGUAAAUUUAGGUGAUUCUAACUUUUGAAUAAGGCCCAGUGAGUCUUAACAUACUGUUGUGAGGGACCAUAGUAAUCAAGGCAUUUCCUUUUAUCUAAACGUGACUUCUUGUUGGCAAGCAUGACCCCCACGUGCUAUUAUCCCUGUGAGCUGUGAGGUUCUCUAACAAGAGCCUGUCUGUAUUUAGUUGUGCAUUUCUUCUUCCACGCUCAUCAAGAGAUGUCCACAAAUAUUUAAAUGGAUCACCAACACUUUGAAAAGAACUGUCAGCCUGCUAUGUUCGAUUUUUAUACGUUUUACUCAGUUUUAUUUGAUGUGAAAUUAAUGUGCUUCUGUAUUGUUAAUGUAAGUAAUAUAUUAAUAUCUCUAAACUGUAAUAUUGUAGUAUAAUAAAGAACUUCUUGGAUAA